AUGUGGUUAAAUUACAUUUUUCUUGUAUUUUUUUUAAAAACUACCCAAAGUGGUAGAAUCUUAUGCAUUUAUCAAAUGCCAGCAGUUAGUCAUCAAGCUACAUUCAAACCAAUAUCAAGGGAACUUUCUUUGAGGGGACACGAAGUAAUUGUGGUCACUCCUCAUCCCAUAAACGAUCCGAGGUUUGUUAAUUUAACGGAAAUCGAUACUAGCGGGCCGACUUAUGAAAUUAUUCACAGGCAUGGGUUUGAAUUUUUCAUGUCCAAAGAGCUACCUGUGCAAUCGAAAAUCCCAAAAAUAUUCAGAAUGUACAACGAAUUCGCUCAUGCCAUAUUGGGAAACGAAGAAUUUCGAAAAAUCUACACAGACGAAAGCCAAAAAUUCGAUUUGAUAAUCAGUCAGAUUUACGUGAGCCCCAUAAUGUAUGCGCUGAGUGCUAAACUUAAAGCUCCUAUUAUCGGUGUGUCCUCAAUGGGUGGCUGGACAGGGACACAUUUUGCUAUCGGCAACCAUAAUCCACCAUCUAUAUAUUCAGAAAUGUUUUUGCCUUAUAAUGGAGGAGAUUUAACAUUUUACGAACGAAUCAAAAGCACCCUCUACUAUCUAUGGACAAGAUACUACGUAAAUUUCGUGGCUAUGCCCAAAUGGGACUCAAUUGCCAAGCAAUACUUAGGCGAAAAUUUACCUUAUUUAGCAGACAUCGAAAGGAACGUAAGCGCACUAUUUUUAAACAUCAACGCUAUCCUUUAUACCCCUAGACCGAUGGUACCGACAGUGGUUUCGCUAAGUUUUAUGCAUAUACAACCUCCGAAACCACUACCAGAAGACAUCAAACAGGAAAUAGAAUCAUCCAAAAACGGUGUUAUUUAUUUUAGUUUAGGCUCCAACGUAAAAAGCGUAAAUAUACCGGAAAAAGUACGAGAACUACUUAUGACAGUAUUCAAAGAACUACCCUAUAAAGUUUUAUGGAAAUUCGAAAAACCAGAACUAGCAGGAAAACCCAAAAACGUUGUUAUACGAAAAUGGUUACCUCAACAAGACGUUUUGGCUCACCCCAAAGUUAAAGUAUUUAUAAGCCAAUGUGGAUUACAAUCGACAGAAGAGGCAAUUGCCAGGGAAAUGCCGAUGGUUGGAAUACCGUUUAUUGCUGACCAGGAAAUGAACAGCAUAAGAUUGGCUAGAUGGGGCGUUUUAAGACACAUUAAUUAUCUUAAUACGACUAAAGAGGAACUUAUAGGUGCUAUUAAGGAUGUUGCUGAGAAUCCAAAGUACAAACAAAAUAUGAAAAAACUAAAAAACCUUAUGCAAGACGAACCAAUGACGGGCUUGGAAAAAGCCAUCUGGUGGGCGGAAUACGUGAUAAGACACAAAGGUACCAAACAUCUGAGAAGUCCCACAGUUGACAUAGAGUGGUACAAAUAUUUGUUGCUCGAUGUAUGUGCUUUUCUUUUGGCAAGUUUAAUUUGUGUCUCAUUUAUUUUAGUUAAAUUAUUUAAAUUCAUGGUAAGGAAGUUUAAAAGGGCACAAGACAAAAUUAAAAAAAGUGAUUAUGUUCCAUUUUCUAAUGAAAAGAAAUAA